ACUUGCAGAGAGCCAGCGAGCAAGAGAGAGGGGGUACGAUGAUUCUAAAUCUAACGAGAAUGUUGAGAAGAAAGUCUCGUAGAGAUGGAACAGAUGACAAAUACUCUCUUCCAACCCGGGACGACCCUGCGCUCGAUGACUAUCAUCCCAUCGACACUGAAGAGCAAGAAGAGUUAGUUAGGUCCUUCGAAAGGAACCAUGCUCAACAGAGUGUUCUUUGGAGGAGUGUGUUCGCUGCCUUAGUCUUUUGUUUCAUGGCGUUUCUCGUUUUCUCCAUCUUUCAGCAGGCGUCAUCUCCUUGGGAAUUGCGCUUUCAUGCUUACUUCAUGGAUGAGGUCCAGUCAUGGAUUGUCAUUUCUGCAGAUUGUGUAGCUGUUUUAGCAUGUAUAAUGGCCAUCACAGGGUUGCUGAAUAAUUCAAAGUCUCAUCGACAAUGGAUUUGGUACUCCUGCUAUACUGGUGUUCUACUAGCAAUCUUUUGGUUGCAUUACAUGCUGAGAAUGCCAAAGUUCCGAUGGGAUGUUUUAUGGCUUCCAUUUGGGCCUUUGAGCAGUGCUGGAAUCUGCCUCUACGUAGACAGUCUAUUUGCUGAGUCAUUGGAAGAUGUAAGAAAUCUACGUCGUUACAUGUAUGCGUAUAAAGCCUCCUAAAACCUAGGUCCUGAUGGAUUUGGCCUUCAUCUUCUACUUCAAACCGUGAGAUUGA